CUCGUGGUGGUAAAUGUUUGGAUGGUGUCACGACAUUCUGUUUGUACCGAACAUUUACUGGUAUAACGCGAUAAGUAGAAGGCGGUAGAAUGAUCUAGACUCGACAUGAAGAUGCUUGGUAUAAUCGUAUCUGGUCGGCUUGUGCAAACGGAUUUUCAACAGAUAGGAGAAAACCAGUUUUUAAUAACAGUACCUGAUGCAGAUAAUAUAAAUCAUAUUGUGGUAUUUCUCACGGGUACUAUACCAUUUCCAGAUGGUACUGGUGGUGCAGUGUAUUUCAGUUGGCCAGAUUCAAAUGCUCCACCUAACUGGCAGUUUCUGGGAUACAUUUCAAAUAUAAAACCAUCUGCUAUAUUCAAGAUAUCAACUUUGAAGAAAAACCAUGAAUUUGAAAACAGCAACUUAGGAAUUUUUGGUGUAGGAAAGAUUUCUCAUGUCGCACAAAUAGGAGUUUCGGUUGAACCUAUUGGAGCUAUAGAACAACAAGCAGCUACUGUGACAGAGGCCACAUCAAACUCAUUUCUUGAAUUUGUUCAAAAAAUGAUUACUAGUUUUUUGAAUUAUAUUUCAAGUUUUUCUGUGACUCAGGCACAAAUGACACCAAAUCCCUCAGAAAACUUUGUACCGCUAUCUGCUAUUCAAGGAUGGUACGAGACUUUUGAGAGGAGGUUACAGCAAAAUCCAAAUUUCUGGAAAGCAUGAUGAGAAGUAACUAACUCUUGAUAGUUCGUUUCCAUUUUGCAUAGUGAUGCGUCAUUUUUCCACAUUCAUGCUUGCGUUUGUGGAGUAUGGUGUACCGAAAUGCAUCGCAUUGUGCGCGUAAAUUAAAAUUUUUUAUAUU